ACUAUGGGCGUUGACCACUCGCGCGUCUCUGGCAACGGGCGGGGGCAGUUGUAAAGGCUGUGCGCGCGCGGCUUCCCAGGAGUGCUGGCGGUCGGUGCACGCGCAGUAUCCCAGGGUUACCGGCUGUUGUAUAGGGCGCUCGGGCAGGUCGGUGAGGGACCAGCUGGGGGAAGAUGGACGAGUUUCAGACGGCGGAAGAGUCCUCCUUUGUUGUGGAUGAAGUAACUAAUAUUAUUAAAGAGUCCAUAGAAAGUGCCAUAGGUGGAAAUGCGUAUCAACAUAAUAAAGUCAACCAGUGGACUACCAAUGUGGUGGAACAAACCCUCAGUCAGCUUACAAAAUUAGGCAAGCCUUUUAAGUAUAUUGUGACUUGUGUAAUUAUGCAGAAAAAUGGUGCAGGACUUCACACAGCAAGCUCCUGUUUCUGGGAUAAUGCAACAGACGGGAGUUGUACUGUGAGAUGGGAGAACAAAACUAUGUACUGUAUAGUCAGUGCCUUUGGACUUGCAAUAUAGCUUUCAAUCAAGAGCAAGACAUUGAUUUAUUUUGUUCUCUGUCGCAAACUUUACUUUUUUACAUUUUGUUUUUAUUUAGAUCACUGAGAUUUCACUGUGUAAGUGUUGAGUUACACUGUUUUCUAAAGUCUUCAGCUUAAAUGUAUUUACAAGGUGCUAUUACCUGAAAGUGCCACUAAAAACAUGCUUAAAAUGAAAUCCCUAACACACUAAUUGUCACUUUUAAUAAUUUAACUAGUUCUAAAUAAAUUAUUGUUGAAAACACAA